CAACAAACUUCCCAGCACGUGUGGACGCGGUGCAUUGUACAGAAAACCUCAGCACCGAGGAGUAGGGGUGAUCCAACAUGUCUUCGAGAUUCAGAAAUGUGUGUUGAAGGUAUCGGUGCUCCAACGCUAUCUAAGGGUCACCCGUCAUGUCCCAUCACUGUCCGAGACUGGUGGACGGCUCUGACACAAAGGUGAAUCUCCGCUUUUCUCCCUCUUUACCCAUUGAGACUUCACAUCAGGACAACCCACAACAGACACCGCAUGGUGAAAAUAUGAAGAAAUCAACUUCUGGGUCAAAGACUUUAAAAAGAUCCUUUUUGCAGAUAAAUUCUCAUCCUAUUUUUUUUUUCAUUAGUAACAAUCCACAACGGGUGAAUAGUGCAAAUCCAGAAGCUGUGCAUGUCUGUCAAGAGCAAAAGAGAAGUUUGAAAUGCCAAAUUAGAGACAACGGCAGUCAGCAGAACAAUACAAGUCAAAGAAUCUAUGGCUGUUCUGAAUGUGGGAAAGGCUUUACAAGAAGAACACAUCUUAAGAGCCACACAAUCAUUCAUACUGGGGAAAAACCCUAUUGCUGUGCUGAAUGUGGGAAAGGAUUAUCCAGUAGUGGAGGACUUAAGAGCCUCAAGAGAACUCACACUGGGGAAAAGCCCCACCGUUGUUCCAAGUGUGGUAAAUAUUUCUCAAGAGACAGCAGUCUUCAGGAACAGAAAAGAAUUCAUAUUUGUGAAAAAACCCCAUUCCUGUUCUGAAUGUGGGAAAAGAUUUGCAAGAAGUACACAACUAAAGGCCCACACACAAACUCAUACUGGGGAAAAACCCUAUUCCUGUGCUGAAUGUGGGAAAGGAUUUGCAAAAAGAGACAGUCUCAAAAACCCAUGAGAUAAUUCAUACCGGAGAAAAACCGCAUGGCUGUUCUGAUUGUGGGAAAAGAUUUACAAGAAGUACAAACCUUAAGGUCCAUACACGAACUCAUACUGGCGAAAAACCCUAUUCCUGUGAUAUAUGUGGGAAAGGAUUUGUAAAAAGAGACCGUCUCAAAAACCAUGAGAGAAUUCAUACCGGAGAAAAACCGUAUGGCUGUUCUGAAUGUGGGAAAGGAUUUUCAAGAAAACAGCAUGUUAAGAUCCACAUAAGACAGCAUACUGGGGAGCAGCCAUAUGGCUGUUUGGAAUGUGGCAGGAGAUUCUCAGAAAACAGACAGCUUAAGAAGCACAUGGAAAAACACAAUGGGGGGAUGUCUUGAAGGAGUAAGAUGGAGGGUGAAGAAUAAGAGAAUGAAAGUAGAAGUGAAAUAUACCUCUCCAAACUACUCUAGUUUUGACGAGUACCUUCAUGUGGUAGGCUGCAUUAUACAGUAUAUCUAUGGAAUCUUUUCGGGGUGAAACUACUCGUAUAAUAUGAGGACCCAAUAAAGUCGUUCAUACUGGUUACUGGCUUCCUGAUUUUAACUUUGACACAGCACAUCUCCCAGGGUAAAAAAUAAAAGCCCAACCCAUGCUUCUGUACUUCGGAAGGUGGUGAUGGUAGUGAUAGUGAAAUAUCUUCAGACGAAGAAAAGCCCUUGAAUGUGGUGUCAGUCCACAGCAGUGUAGCUAGAGCAAGAAAAUAAGAGGACUGGUCAUAGUCUAGUGGUCAGUUGAAGAUAAAGGGCUGAUCUUGUUCUGCUACUUUUUAUGCAACAAAGCCAUCUAUUGAAGGGUUAGGCACCUUUACGAAUGCAAACCAAAAGAUGGUAUGAAAUAGGAAAAGGAGCAGGAGAUGGAAAACCUCAUGCUAGGGCCCACUUUGAUUUGAAGCCAGCUAUGCUAGAGGUUCUUCAAGGCUUUCUGUAUCCUUAAACCAAUAACCAAUGUUGUAACUAUCACCAUAUUUAUACUGUGAUGCGUCCAAAACAUUUUGUCUUUUUCACAUAGGAUUCAAAUGAAAAAUCGGUCUACUUUGAUUUUAUUAUCAUCAGGAUUCUAUUAUCAUGUAUAAAAAAAAAAA